CCUACUGACCGUCUUAUACUGGCUGAGUGCAAACCCAUCAAAAAGGAAAUCACCCGAUUGUUCAAAAACCUUUAUCAGUCGAAAAAUUACAUUUUAUAAGUUGAUGUACUCAAAAUGAGCUCAUUGCAUGACUUAAUCACAGCAAAUGAUUUUUCAACACUUCAAGACCGACUCAGAGCAGGAGUGAAUCCGAAUACUAAAGAUGCCAGAGGAAAAACACCUCUACACAUCGCCGUUUGGAAAAAAGAAGAACAUGAACAGAAAUCUGAAGCUCAUUUGCAAGUUGUACGGGAUUUAAUUCAUUUUGGAGCCGAUGUGAAUCGUACGGACAACCUCGGAAAUACUCCUCUGCAUUUUGCCGUAUGUUUUAGAAAUUACAAAAUGAUGGAAAUUCUUCUAAAAUGUCGUGCGGGAAUUAAUAUACAAGACAGUCAAGGAAACACUGCAAUGCAUUAUGCCAUUGAUAAUUGUAAUUUGUUACAGUGGGCAAUUUCUAACUAUAAAUGUCCUGGAGAUCGAAAACAUGCCGAUUUGAAAGCAGUGAAAUUACUUAUGUACUAUCACGCGGAUAUCAACUUAUCUAACAGUUUAUCUGAAACUCCCCUAAUAUGGGCAGUGAAAGAACAGAACUUUCAAAUUGUUCAAAUAUUACUCGAAGGUGGGGCCCUCCAUUCGUUAAGUGAUUUCUGUGGAAAUGGACCAUUGCAUUAUUCCUUAGAUAGAACAGAAAUUAAUGUUUCAAUUGUGACUGAACUUCUCAGACAUGGAAGUAAUCAUGCAUCCAAAAAUAAACGUUCAGAGAGUCCCGUAGAUGUGUAUCUUAAAAGACUUCGCAAUGCGCCACCUUCAGAACAAAAUAAAGCAGAAUACGUAUUCAAACUUUUUGUGUUUCGGAAAAAUAAUUUUAACAUUACACAAUGUGAGAAAAUAGCAGACAUAAGCAGAAAAACGAAAAAUCUUCUGCUCCAAUUCUUUUGGUGUUGCCGCUAUGAAAUUGAACAAAUGAAAAUUGAUGAAGUAUCAACAGAUUACACUGUUUUUGAAUUGGCUUCGAGGGGAUUUUAUUAUAGUAUUUCUGAAAAGAUACCUCUUUCAUUCGAAAUUUUUGAUAAAGUACUUGAAAAAUUGAAGAAAGGCGAAUAUAUCGUGUAUAUUGACAUAAUCGUAUCCGCUAUUUCUAAAAACUAUAUGGCUGUUAAAACUGCAGAAAAUGGCUACUGGUUGAAUAGAAAAGGUGAACAAGUAGAAUUUUUAAAUUUUGAUACGCGUUAUCGUCUUUGUUACUAUUUGACGAAUUCUGAAUUGUUUAAUUUGAUGCUAGCGUUUUCAUCAACCAGCUAGUUUUUUAAAAGUAUGGAACGUCUUGUAUACAAAUGUUUAAUAGUGAUUUAUUUUUGUAAUUGAAAAAUUUUAAAAGAAAGACUUAAACUAAAGACAUUUCGCUCUAAAUAAUGUUGAAUGCAAGGAUAUUUUUGUGAGUCAAGCAUAAUUUUUUCCAAUAUGUUAAAAGUUUAAAUUUAUGAUUAUCAUAUAAUUUUAUGUUUUCGUUUUUAUUGUUAUAAUUAAAUAUCUUUUAUAAUUGUUAUUUUUUAACUCAGUUUUCAGAUGCUCUUUAGCUUUCAGAUUUCUUCUUUGGUAGAUUCCAUUCACAGUAUAUUCAGCCUCAUACGACAGUAAGACCGAGCGUUACAUAUAUGCAGCCCAAUAAAUAAAUGUUAUUACUUUAAAUGUCAAGAAACGUUUAUGAUAAUAUGUUUAGAAGUGUAAAAAAAAAAAUAAAACCUCAGUGUGUAUUCGUAAUAACUUCUUAGAAUUGGUAAAAAAAAUGUAAUUAUAAUUUAUAGCCCAUAGAAAUAUUAAUUUUCCAUCAAUUGUUCACUCUACAUAAAUUCUAUUGGAUAGGAUGCAAGAUAAUAGUUUUGAUGUUAAAUUUCUCUAACAUUUUUUA